UUUUUCGUCUGCAGCGGAAGAGGAACUCGCUCUGGUUCGCCAAAUCAUUCAAAAAGCGCGGCGACGAAACUUCCCGCAGUCCGGCUUUGACGGGAGGUUCAGGGGCCAGUGCUGGGUGUGCCUGCUCCCUGUCGAUGCCCCCAGGAAGAAGGGUGGGCCGCCGUCCAUCCUCCCGCAGUGCUGCAGCCAGAAUGUGAAGGACCGGCAGCGCAGCAGCAUAGGAAGAUUUAUCCAGCAAGGUGCCUGGUGCGUGACGGCGCCGGUCCUUGCGUCCUGUCUCAGGCUGAUGAUCAAAAUUGAGAGAGAGACCUUCCUGGACAUCAUGACACGCCAGGACAUUCUUAUUGUGGUGCCGUCACGCAUUCAGCCCCGCCCCUACAAAAAUAAGCCACGUGCUAGUUGGGAUAUAUGCAGGAUCACCAGCUUGCCAACUUUCAUAAACACUCGUGGUGAGGCCGGCUUCUCCCUUGUGCAACCCGACACCGUCGGCCUGAGGCGGCCAUUGGGGAGCAGCAAGAAUUGCCCGCUCCCAACUUGCAAUGCCUCAGUACCUCCGGAGAAGGGCAUUGUCAAUCAUGUGAUGGUUCACAAGAACAAAAAGCUGCUGCAAGUCGCUCAUGCAAUUCAGGCCAACGCCAGGACAAUUCCUCAGGACCUUGCUGACGACUUGCCUCUUGCCCCUUCCGCGGGUAUCCUUAUUCUGCUGAACCUCGCCGGCUUCGUGAGGUUUACAGAUGAGUGGGCCUUGCAGCUGUAUUAGUGUGCCUUCCAGCUAGAGGCACCCUCCAUAGUGCCUAGUG